UGCAAUUAUGUCAAAAAGAAAAGGGAUCAUGCUUGGAGCGAAAAUGGCUUUGAAGAGUGGGGUGGUUAUAUGGCUGCAAAGAAAGCCAAAUUAGAGGAGCAGUUUUGUACUACAGCUAAUAAAGAAUUUACAGAAUCGUCAAAACUCUUUGAAGGAAUUGCAAUAUUUGUAAAUGGUUAUACAGAUCCAACAUCUGAUGAGCUCAGACGUCUAAUGAUGAUGCAUGGAGGUUUAUAUCAUCAUUACAUGCGUCCUAAAAUCACAACUCAUAUUAUAGCAUCCAAUCUACCGUAUUCUAAAAUAAUGUUGUACAGGAAGAGUCAAAAUCCAAUUCCUAUAUGUAAACCACAGUGGAUUAUUGACAGCAUUGCAGCUGGGAAAGUUUUGAAUUUUCAAAAUUAUUUACUUUACUCCAAUAGCACUAAUAUACAACCUCAGUUGGCGUAUAAAUUAAAUAAUAAGAAGAUUGAAGCCGAUAUUAACUCAGUUACGGAUGAACAAGAUAUUGAACACUCUAAAGCAGAAAUAAUUAAUAAUGAGACUGAUAUAAAUAAUAUAUCGACACAUAAUAUUAACGAUGCAUCGAAACAUGAUGCAAUGAGCAAUCGUCAACCUGCGAAUACAAGAACAAACGCGCAAUCUACAAGAGACGCUGAAUUUCUAUCAGCAUUUUAUAGCAACUCAAGAUUACAUUACAUCGCUACCAUGGGAACCACUUUUAAGGAUUACGUCAACGAGUUGAGAGAUAAAAGUGACGGGGUAUUUCCUGGACUUAAGCGUUUAAUGGAAUUAAAAAAGCAAGAGGCCCUUCCACCAGCCGAUUGCGAAUCAGACUCUGAAGAUGAAACGAUAUGUUUUACAGAUAACAGAGUAGAACGCAAAAGGGAAUCUGUUAUAAUGCACAUCGAUAUGGAUUGUUUCUUCGUGUCUGUAGGAAUUAGGAAUAAACCAGAAUUGCGAGAUCUACCGGUGGCGGUAACGCACGCAAAAGGCAACACAUUUUCGGCGAAUUACGACGGCAAGGAAGAAUUUGGAUCAUUAUCGGAAGUAGCUUCGUGUUCUUAUGCGGCAAGGAAGGCUGGUGUGAAGAACGGCAUGUUUUUGGGAGAAGCGCUGAAACUGUGUCCAAAUCUGAAAACGAUUGCAUAUGAUUUCGAGGGCUACAAGGAAGUUUCUUAUAUACUGUACGAUACGGUAGCAUCUUAUACAUUAGAUAUCGAGGCAGUAAGUUGCGACGAGAUGUACGCGGAUUGCACGAGGAUUCUCGAAGCGUCCGGAUUAUCACCGUUGGAGUUUGCCACAAUAAUUAGGAACGAGAUAAAGCGUAAAACAGAUUGCCCGGUGUCCACAGGAUUCGGCAAUAACAAGUUGCAGGCGAGAUUGGCAACGCGAAAAGCAAAACCCGAUAAUCAAUUUUAUUUGAGUAAUCAGAACGCGGAGACAUAUGUGCGGGCUUUAGAUACAAGAGAUUUACCAGGAGUUGGCGGAACAACAACACACAAGUUACGUAAAAUGAAUGUGCGUACAUGCGAGGAUUUGCAGAAGAUUUCUUUGGGUGUUUUGCAGAAAGAAUUCGGCAAAAAGAUGGGAGAGCAGUUGCAUAAAAUGUGCCGUGGACUGGACGACACGAAAUUGAAUCUAGAACAUAUUAGGAAAUCUGUGUCUGCUGAAGUCAAUUACGGUAUAAGAUUUCGGAACAACGAUGACGCCGUCGAUUUGAGCAAAUUAUCCGCCGAAGUGUGCGACCGAUUAACAGCAGUUCGUGCCAAAGGCAGAUGCAUCACGCUAAAACUCAUGAUCAGAGCCGAAGAUGCACCGAAAGAAACUGCGAAGUUCAUGGGUCAUGGUCCCUGCAAUUAUAUAACAAAAUCGAAGAAUCUUAUAGCGGUUGUCGAUGACGUCAGUAUCAUUAAAAAGGAAGUCAUAAGCAUUUGGAAUCAGUUACAUUUAACGCCCGAAGAUAUGAGAGGAAUUGGAAUACAAGUAUCCAGAUUGGAAAUAUGCAAGACUAAGCAGAGCAAAGGCAACUUGAUUAAUUUCUUCAGUAAAUCUGCAAAAGUGCAAACAAAUUGUGAUCAAAUGUUGAGUAAAGACAAGAAGAAUCGAUGCGACUCGAAUUUUACCGAGAAAUCUAAAUCGGAUAGCUCUAAAGUGUCUUUGACUGCUGAAUCAUCAUCAGGAACAGAAGAUAUUUUUGAUGGAAAAGUUAAUAAUUUGUCAUUGGCAGAAUCUUCCAAUGUACAUAAGGAUGAAUGUGUAGCGAUUCAAACCGAAUCGACAGCUGAAACAGAAGAUAAAAAAUUAUAUAAUUCUAAGGCAAAUGAAAAUAUUCCACAAACGAAAAAUUUAUCUGGGAAAUCAAGCAAGAAAGCGGUACAAAGACAGACAUCUCAAGAGAACUUUUUCAGACACACAAAACCGAGUAGCGGAAGAUCAUCGAAAUACGAGAUACCGCAAAUCCAAGACAUCGAUAUGUCCGUGUUGAUCGAAUUACCGGAGGAUAUAAGAAACGAGAUAUUCGACGAAUAUAAAAGAAACAAGAGACAACAGUCUCAGAUCGUGAAUAAAGUUUCGGAUGAUGGAACCUCAAAUGUACACGGCUGCUCGCAAAUUGAUCCAGAUGUUCUGUCAACUUUAAUGAAAGACGACUUGCAUCCCGAUGUGCAACGCGAUGUGCAGUUCUAUUGUGAUAUGAAGAGAGAGGCGAAUAAAAUAAAUUUGAAAGAGACAGAUGAAAACCAGGAUAAUGAACAACCGCAAGAAGCAAGUUCUUCUUCGAAGGUUAAUGAUAGCAAUAAAAAACCUGCGAAACCUAUUGUAAAUAAUUCUUCUACAAACGAAGCUGCAUGUGUAUCGCUAGAGGAUAAAAUAUUGCAUGUGAAGGAUCAAUUAUGCAAAAAGAACAUCGACAACAAGGCAGAGACUGAUUCCAUAUCGUGUCGCAAUAAUUAUAUUGAGAUUUCACACAAUGAUGCUGCGAUGGAUAAAGCCGAUACCUUUAUUUUACAGAAUUUAAGUAUUUUACAUAACAAUGAGAACAUAGAUAAACAUCAGGAAAUGUUGAUUACUCUCGUGAAUCAUCUUUUCGCUCUUCCGUUACAACAGGUAAAAAUGCAGAUACAAACGUGGGUCACUAAGUCUAAUGUCGUGAACGAAGUGGACUUUCUGUCACUCGCGACAUUUCUCAGCAUGCUUCCACAAAAGAAACGCAUCGAGGAUUUACAUAUUUUGUUGAAAACCAUGCAUAGAUGUAUAACAAAAAUUGAGAACUGCACUUGGCAUAAGACAUAUAGAAGAACCGUGAAGCAUGUUCAACGUUAUAUGCAGAUAGAAUACAACAACAAUCUAAUGGUACCGUCGAUCAGAUGCAAUGAUUCGAGAUGUAAUAAAAAUGAUUGUGAUUACGAAAUCUCGGAAAUUUAAUAAAUUAAGGACUUGUAUAACGAAAGUGUAGUAAAUAUAAGAAACCUAUUUACAGGCAAACGUA